CAGAAUACCUGUAAGCUCUAACCACAGCUUUGGCAUAUAAAUUGCAAUUUUUUCAUUCACUCAGUGCCCAUAACCAAAUAUCAAUACCCCUCAUUCUUAAAAUCCCCUAGCCAUGGUUGCUUCAACCGAUCAAAAUUUAGUUUAUGAUUUAAAAAUCUCGUCCGUCGGUCCGAGCCGAGUUACGGGAACAGACAUUUUCCAUGAGCCGAUCGGGGUAGACAUAGCCAUGAAGCUACAUUAUUUACAUGGUGUCUAUUUCUUUAGUAGCCAAGCAAGCCGAGGCCUAGACAUAAUGCGUAUUAAAGAAUCACUCUUCUUUUGGUGUUGUGACUACUACACCGCUUGUGGCCGGUUCCGGCGGUCCGAUGAUACCGGACGACCAUUUAUCAAGUGUAAUGAUUGCGGUGUUAGGAUAAUCGAGGCAGAAUGCGAUAAGACGAUCGAUGAAUGGCUAAAAAUGAAAGAUUGUUCAUCACUUAAUAAUAAGUUUCUUAUUUAUCAUCUCCCUAUUGGUCCUGAAAUUUCAUUCUCUCCGUUAUGUUACCUUCAGAUGACGAAGUUCAAAUGUGGAGGAAUGUCACUGGGCUUGAGUUGGGCCCAUAUACUUGGAGACCCAUUUUCUGCCUCCGAAUGCAUUAAUACAUGGGGCCUAUUUCUUUCUUCUCUUAAGUCCAAUGGGCCUAUAAAAAUCAUAAAAUCACCCAAAAGGCUCAAAAGCUCCGAGGAUCCAAAAGAGCCACUUUCACUGAAGCGGGUCGACCCACUUGGUGACCUUUGGGUAACUACCAAUAACUGUAAAAUGGAAACAUUUUCAAUUUACUUAACUGCCACAAAGGUAUCUCAAUUACUCUCAAAUAUUUGGGGUCAAAGCCCAAAUAAAGAAAUUCCAUUGUUUGAGUCUCUUUGUGCUAUAAUGUGGCAAUCUAUUGCCAAAGUUAGAGAAAGCCAUGAACCCAAAAUAGUCACUAUUUGCAAAAAAGACCCCAAUCAUCCAAAAAGAGGGCUAUUAAGCAAUAGUCAAAUUAUAAGUUCUGUUAAGGCAGAUUUUCCCAUCAAGGAUUCAAAUUUGAGGGAAUUGGCAAACUUGCUAGCACGUCGAGAUUCCGAUGAAAAUGAUCUAAUUGAAGAAUUAGUAGAAAAAGAUAAUGGAAUGGUUGAUUAUAUUUUGUAUGGGGCUAAUUUGACAUUUUUAAAUCUAGAGGAGGCUAAUUUAUAUGGACUAGAAUGGAAUGGACAUAAACCAAUAUUUGUGCACUACAGCAUUCAAGGUGUUGGAGAUGAGGGUGCAGUUUUGGUGCUUCCAUGGCCAGAAAAUUGCGGUAAGUAUGACGGUGAAGGAAGAGUUAUUACCGUGAUUUUGCCGGAAAAUGAAGCGAUGAAGCUUAAAUCCGAGCUCAAAGAGAAUGGGUUAUUGCCUGAAAAUGAGUUUGAAUGAACAGUUGUCAUUAAUAUUAUUUUAUUAUUUGAUCUAAAAAAUUAUUUAGUGAUAUUACUGUUUUAUUACUUAUUGUGAUAGAGAUAAUAUGAUUGUAACAUGGAAGAUUUUAAUUAAUUAUGUUCAUGAAUUAUGAGACAGAAAGAAUUUAGCUGAAUAUUUUAUUUACUUUUUGUUAAA